CUCGUGACCGCGGCUGCUCACGUGACAACCGGCUCUCUGUCUUGUUGGAGUCGUCGUCGGGAAUCUCAGAGUCCUGACGGGGUGUUUAGGUUGAAGUUAUUUUGUGAAUAACCAUCCUUCAGUCAAACUGUGUGAACAAUGCCUUGGAACAGUAUCAGUCCACUGUACCCUGGAGGAAAUUUUACUACCGAAUGCCCAAAUGGGUCCCGUCAUGUUUGGGAUAUUCUCCAAGUGUGCACUGAAGAGUGGAGGGACAUAGCAAGUGUAGUGUUGGGGUUGUUUUCUGUCAUCUGUUUCAUGUUCUCCGCUUUCCCGCAGUGUUACACGUCCUGCAAGAAUGGAGAUAUGGAUCGAGCUCUGUCACUCUGGUUCCUGUUGGGUUGGUUGGGAGGUGACUCGUGCAAUUUUAUUGGUGCUUUCCUGGCUCAACAAUUGCCACUGCAGACUUACACAGCUGUUUAUUAUGUGAUAGUGGACUUGGUCAUGGUCUCAAUGUUUUUCUACUACAAGUUAAAGAACCAGUCUAGACAAGAUGGGACUGCAGUUAAUGUUGUUGUUGUGCUUGUGAUACUUGGAGCAGCUGGUCCCAUAGUACCAGGCAACAAUCUAGUAUCUCCAAUUGGCGAAGCGCCAACAUUCAACAAACGCUCUCUUUUGACUAUUCCUCAAGCAUCUGCUAACCAGACAUUUACUACACAGGAAAUCAUUGGAUUUACAGUUGGCUCAUUUUCAUCAGUAUUCUACCUGGCAUCCAGGUUGCCUCAGUUGUGCAGAAAUAUGAAGAGGAAGUCUACCGAAGGCAUAUCUCUUUGCCUCUUUGCCUUGAUGAUUCUUGGGAAUCUUACAUAUGGCCUGUCCGUGUUGCUGAAGGUCCCAAGAAAGGGACAAGCUGAGGGUAACUACGUGGUGCAUCAUAUUCCCUGGCUAGUGGGCAGCUUGGGAACUAUGGCGCUCGAUAUUAUGAUUUUAAUUCAGUUUUUCAUGUAUAGAACACAGAAGACUGAAAGGGAGCCAUUAAUUCCUAAACGACUGCAGGGAACAUUACACUGAGGAUUUUUAAAAAUGGAAACAAUGAUAAGGGAAAUACUUAUGUAGAUUCAAUUGGAAAACCUGAUUUAGUCUAGAAGACUAUUUUGAGUCAUGCACGAUAUCUAAACAUUAUGCUGCAUUUCCACAUUAAUUAAUUUUUACAAAUAUGCUGGAAUCAAGGUCACCUGGGAAAUACCUCACCCUUAAAAGCUUGUUGCUCAAACCUGACUUUCAUGCAUCAUCGUGUUCCCACUAGGUGAAGAGGGACAAAGGUGCACAAUAUUUGUCUUCUUGGAAAUCAGUGGAUGAACCAAUAGAUGGAAGAACAGAGAAAAAUGGGUGUAAAAUUCAUCCAGUCACAGCAAUUUUAGAUCAUUUAGUUAUGGACUUGUCCACUGGAUUGCGCCAGAUGACCAGUUUCUUCGUCCACGUGUAAUAAUGUUGCUAUUGAUCAGGAAUACUUGAAGGAGGAGUCAAAUCAAAUUUCACACCAAGAUCUUGCCCUCCAGAAAUUAACCAACCAUUAAUAUUUUUACAAACUUAGGAAUGGGGUGGUAAAGCUGCCCAGACAAUUCUUGACCAAAUAGCAAUAAUUUUAUUUACAGUUGGGUUUUAAUUAGACUUUUAUUGAACUUGAAAUAGUAAAUAUACAAAUUCACAUCAUAUGAAUUGCAUUUUAAAAAUGGAAAGAUGCACUGGGUGACACAGUAGUGCAUCUUGUAGAGCCACUGCUUCACGGGGACAACAGUGCCCCUUGUUCAGACUUGACCUGUGGAGUUUACAUCUUCUCUAUGUGACCGAGUAGAUAUUCUCCAAGUACUCUAGUUUCCUCCCACACCCCCAAGAAUGCGCAAGUUGGUAGGUGAUUGGCCACUUUAAAUUAUUCCAAUGGACUUGGUGGGCCCAAAAUAAAUAUGAGGUUCUGCAGAUGCAGGAAAUCUUGAGCAACACACAAAAUGCUAGAGGCAGCAUCUGUGGAGCGGCAUAAGCAGUCGACAUUUCAGGCUGAGACCUGCAUCAGGACUGGAAAGGGAUGGGGCAUAAAUCAGAAUAAGAAGGGUGAGGAAGGGGCUGCCUGCUUGUACUCCUUCACUUUGCCCCUACCUUAAUCUGGCUUCUGCCCGCUUCCAAUCCGGAUGGCCCAAAAUGUCACCUGUCCCUUCCAUAGAUGCUACCUGACUUGCUGACGUCCUCCAGCACGUUGCGUGUGGAGAGCUGAAGAGCCUGUUCUGAGCUGCACCUCUCAGUGACUCUUUGGUGGUCCUGAUGAAUGUUGGGUGUGGUCAUGAGCCAUUCGAAAACGUAUUCCUGGUCUGUACUGAUUAUCAACUACAACUUGGAUACAGAAUGGUUAAGAAAUUAGACAAGUUCCUCAUCUGUUCAGUCACCUUUACCUGACCAGUGUAUGAAGGUGUAAAGCUGGCGUGUAAUUGGGCCGAGCUAUGUGACGCUUUCAGAAGCUGACUGGCCCACUGACACUUGCUGUCUGGUUUCAUCAACGGAAAAUGACCACUUGAGUUAUGUAGCAGAAUGCAAAACACUGAACUGUUUACAGGGGAUAUUUCUUUGCAGGUAAUCAUAAACAGUGUUCCAGUUUUUAAAUACAUUAUCUGUAUUUUAAUUGAAAUAUAUUAAUAUUUUUGUAUGAACAAGUGACAAAAUCAAGAAAAGUUCAGUGUUUUGAAUUUUUAUGAGUUCUUAUGGAACAUUGUGGCUUAUAAAAUUAGUGAAACUAUUUAAUUUGAUUUUGAUCAUUUGACUUUUUCAGAAUUGAACCAAUUAGCAGCAAAAUUUGUUUAUCCUUUAUUAUGUUAUUGAUAUGGGUAACAUUCCUUUGGAUUUACCAUUCUUGUUCGGAAUCUCAGUAGUUUAUCUGGUAGUUUAUCUCAGUAGUUUAUCUCAAAAGUUUAUCUGGCCCAUUGAGUCCACGCGGACUCUCCAGCUGGCCCUACUUCUGCAUCCCCUCACUGUAGACAUGCAAAUUCUUUCAGAUAAUUAUUCAGCUUCCUCCUCGACUACCCUUGACAGUGCAUUAUAGAUUCUAACCAUUCACCGCACACUGCCAGUCAACUUCAUUUUGUGUUCCCUGGCUCUUGAUCCUUCCACCAGUUUAAGGCAGUUUCCUUCUACGUCCUUCAUAAUUCAUUGGGUCCUCUAGUAUCUCCUCUUUCAACUUUGGCUCCUCUAGCCUAUCCACACAACUAAAAAUCCCUCAGUGAAGGAAUCACUUGAGUAAAAGUGAUUACUCCAAAGACUAUGCUUCCUAAAGAACAGUGCCAGUCAUAAAGUUAAUGAUUCCUUUACUGUAGUGCUGUCUAUCUCUAUUUAUAAAGCCCAAGAUCCUGUUUGGUUUUUUAACAACUUUCCCAAUUAUUUGGCCACUAUUAACAAACUAUACCAGUACUUGUACCUUUGUUAGAAUUGUGCCAUUGACUUUAUAUUGCCCUUUCUCAUUCAUCCUACCACAAUGUAACUUGGCAUUUCUCAGCAUUGCUUGUUCCUCUUCAGGCACAUUUUUCUCACUGCUUCCUCCUCUAUCUUCACUUGUGUUGGGAUCAAGAUUCACAGAACCAUUUUCUGCUCCUAAUUCAUUCUAAUUUUCCUUUUCCUCCUGCAGUAACCCUUUUCUUACUUUUUCCUCACAUACUCCUGUAUAUCAGAAUUAUUUUAAUGCAAAAGAAACAUAGAUUGAUAGCUACUGAUAACUUUGCACUUCGUAUAAACUAGUUGAUGUAUAAAUGUUUUUACUCUGGUAUUUGACUUAGCAAGGUAGCAAUAUUUUAAUUGUUUUAUUCAUGCAUUUUUGGAGCUAAAUCAUUGGUACAUAGAAUGUGCUUUUUAAAACAAGAACUACCUUUGCUGUCUGGAUUUGCUCAGUAGCUCUAAUUAGUCCCCACAUCUGGAUGUUUGACUACAAGCCAUUUGAAAAUAAUGACCUGUGUGUCAAAUUAAUUUUUCAUUUAUCCCACAAGGCUGAAUUGGCAACUCCGACUUGAGCACAGGCAAAAUCUUCUGCUUCAACCCAUCAUCCCUACUGGGGCAUAGGCCCCUGACAGCAGCUCCCCAGAGUCCUAAGUUCUGGGCCAACAGAAGGGUGAUCAGCUCUGUCCUUCCCGCUUUCACCACAGAACUUCAUAUGUCUCCUAGUCAAAAAUCUUUCUUCUCUCAGGACUGAGUUCCAUGGAGCUCCUGUUGCCAUUUCUGUAGCUUGCUAGUCCCAGGCCCAACCCCCCUCCUUUUGCAGCCAGGCUUGGGACCGUCCAUGGUGGAGUUCAACAUAUUCCUAUCCACCAGUCAAAUGUGAUUGGUGACAGUGGCACAGUAUGUAGUUAUAAACUUAAACUUCAGGCUUUGUUUUCAAGCUUCGUUGUCUAAAGUAUUAUGAAGUAUGUCUGGAGUUAGCAUAAUUUUCUUCUGGGCAACUUCCUAUCUGAUUCUCUUAUUUUAUGCAUUUGUUGCAUUUGUGUUUGAAAUUAGCUUCAAUAUAUUGUAAAUGGUAUUAACUUAUCAGACUGGCUGAGUUUUUGGGCUCUCAUGUUUAAAACAAAAUUACAGAGAGGAAGUUUUUGCCCUGUUAUCUCACUGUGUGGAUGGUUAAUUAGUUCCUGAUGUAGGUUCCUCCAACAAUUCUGAAUAUGUCAUCCUAAACAGCUCUUGAUAAAGGGUAUCUGACUGUCCUCAUCAGGACCAAAUGACAGGAAGGUCCAAAAGAGGGAGAACAGGAGUGAUGAGGAUGAAAGUGCAGCCAUUUACUAAUUUGUUUGUUACCCCACGGGCUUGUUUGGAUUAAAUAUGCAAUUACAAGUACUUCCUUGUAGAAAUAGACAGGGAAUCUAUUGAGCCCUUCAUGCCUUAUGUUUUAUCCAUCAUGACUUAUCCUUUUAAAUCUUCACAAAAAUUGGUGAAUUGCCUUUUAAUGUGGCUCUGUUUAUUCAUUUGGCUCUUUGUAAUCUCUCAGAAGAAAGUUCAAUUUCUGUUGCUCUGUACUGAUUUCUAAUAAGGAUGUGCCAAGGCAUUUUACAAAAAUGCAUCAAGGGAAUGUCACUGGGCAACUUAAGAGGAAAUGGAAAAAACUGCUCAUAAAUACAUUGAAAAGGGUAUCUUCACAGAGAAUUUAUCUCCUCUGCCAUAGCUGAGGGGAUAGGAAUGUUUACAAAAGGUGUUGCAAAGUUACGCAGCAUUUUGUUGCACUAGUUGGUGUAUACCAGUACUGAUUGAUAGAUAAUUUAUUGAUCCCAAAGGAAAUUGCUAUGUCACAGUAGCAUUGUAAGUGCACAGAUAGAAAUAUUAGAAGGAAAGUAGAAAUAAUUAUAAAUAAUUUGCCACAAACAGCCUAACAGGAGGGGGUCAUCACUUCGCUGGCUUGACUCAUUAUAGAGCCUAAUGCCCAAGGGUAAAAAAUGACCUCAUAUAGCGCUCUUUGAAGCAGCGCAGUUACCUAAAGGAUGCUUGAAUUUCCCCAGACAAUGGAGGAUUCUGAGUAACCCACUUCUCACGUGAACUGUCUGGUGACAAAUCUACAUUGUAUUUGUGAAUAGUUAUCUUCUGCACAGGAUGCUUAUGCAGUUUACUGGUCACUUUAGUGCAUAUGUGGUUUUUGAGUGAUUAUUUUUUCCAGUAUAUGUUGCUAUGAUAUUGUAUAUCACAAGAUAGAGAGGCAACAUUUCAUUAUUGUACUACAAUGUUCUUCCUAGUUUGACUAAUAGAAAAUAUCAAGUUGUAUUUUAAUUAUUUUUAAUACAAUAGUAGAUCAGUUGAUUUAAAUGUUAGAUAAAUUGAUUGCUAUUUCUGGCAUCUGAGAGUCAAUUAUUCAACAAUGUAGAUGUACACAUAAUAUAUUGAGGAUUUACCAAAGAAGCAGUUAAUUGAAUGAACAUUUUUCAUCCUCCUAUCUUUUUAUAUUUGUUUUUUUUUGCCUGAAUAAACCAAACAUCUAACAAUGUUGGACGUUAGAGGGCUGUGGGAUUAAUUAAAUGAACGACUAUGGAAGGAGAAAGUAACUAUUUAAAUGCAUCCAGUCACCUAGUGUUGAAAAAGACUGAGCUUGGCAACCUUUCACAGGCUGUCCACCCAAAUGUCUGCCAUUUCUUUGAAAGCGUUCCAACUAACUGUACAUGCCAGCAUCUGAUGGUGCCCCCACCCCCUGCCACUUACCCAAUUUUCCUUCCCACAUUAAAAUGGUUUUCUUAAAGUUACUAUUGAAUCUAUUUCCUUCACCUUUUGGUUGCCUCAAAUUAAAACCACUCAGCAGUAGUAGAAAUUCGGUUCCACUCCCGUCUGGUUCUUUGCCAGUUUAUCGUGACUUUGUGCUGUCUGUUGGCCAACCUUCUUGCCAGAGAAAAUAAUUUUGCUGCUUCUACUCUACUCAGGCCUGUCCUAAUAUUGGACAUCUUCCCUCAUUCUUUCAUUAUAACUGCACUCUCCCAUCUGAGAGGAUCCCUAGCACAAAUGUUGCAAAGCUUUGUUUUCUUAGACGUGGAUCUCAGAACUGAAUGCAGCAGGCAUAGGGGUCUGGUUAGUGACUGAUAACAAUUCAGCAUAACUUCCUCAUCUAUCUGUUUCAAUGUACACAAAUAAUUAUGUCUGCCUUUAAUGAUUCCCCCCACCCCCGGACUGCAUUGUUCAAUUGAGCAAGGAUGCACUCUGUACUGCAUGUCAGUAUAGGCGGAAAGGGAGAGAAACUUGCAUGCCUGUGAAGGAAAUUGAUCUCUGCUGUGCCUCAAGCUGCUCUCUUUAGGAUAUUCAGUACAUUAUGGUAUUAAUCGAUUUUAUUAUAACAGAAUCAAUGUAUUUCCAAUAGCAUACACUUGAAUACAAAUAAAAUUUAUUUUGUUUUAUGA